AUGGGCAUUCCACAAAUUAACUCUUCCCUUAGUCUAGAGCUGAAAAUUGUAGAAGCAAAAAGUGUAGAAUCAAAACCAAGAGGUGACCUGUUUGUGAGAUGUUAUCUUCCAGUUGGAAGCAACAAAAGAAAAGUUGGGAUCGACACUAAAGAAAUCCCCACCAAAAAGGACCACGUUUGGAAUGAAACUUUCUCUUUAGAGUGCUCUGGGAUUGAGGACAACAAAGUGGACAUCACCAAAUUGAUAAAGCAAGAGAAGUUGGUUUUGGAGCUGAGGUGGAGAAACAGAGUGCCAAUUCUUGGGAGAAGUGGUUCAAAACUGUUGGGCAGUGCUGAGAUUGCAUGGAAAGAUGUUAGUGAGUCACCAAACAUGGUGUUAGACAAGUGGGUGACCAUGGCUCAUUCAAGUGGUGAGCUUAAACCAGCUAAACUUAAAGUGAAGAUCAGUGUGAAGGUUUUGAGUGAAGAACAUAUAUUUGAGAAUAAGAACAGCUCAGUCUCAGAGGAGUGUGGGUGUAAGGACAGUCAUAAUCAUAAUCAUGCUUUAUACGCAUGUGAUGAAUACUAUUACGUUCUUGCUCUAACUGCUGCUUUAGACGCUCUUUAA